AUACUACACCCUUCACCCAUUGAGAUAGCUUGCAUUAUCAGUUCCUCGUUGGAACCGCCAUCUGUCUAUAUUAUCCAUUUACUAUUGACUUAAACCAUUCCAUCUCACACACAAUGUCCUUCCUCACCACCGUUCGCGCAUCCAUUGCCCCCCGUCUGGCCUCGGCCACCACCCCUGUCCGCCCUGCCAUCACCUCAGCUCUACACACCUCCGCCCCGCGCGCAGGCCUGAAUGAGAGCGAUCGCAACCGCGACGACCUCGACAAAAUCUACGAAGAACACAAGCACGACCAAUUGAAGCACAGCAAGCAAGGCACCGCCAAGUGGAAGCAAGAGCUCGCCAGCAACAGCGAAGCGUCGGUCAAGGCGGAUCGCGGCGACAUCGACAGCGACGACAAGGACUUUGCGACGUUGCAGGAGCGCACGAAAGGUCUCCCGAACCGGGAUGGUCCUGUGAAUAAGACCCAAUAAAUAGGUUGUUUCUUUCUUUUCGGUAUUGGGUUUUCUUUCGCUUUGUUUCUAUCUAGCUUGAUGCUAGUUUUAGUUUGAAUUGAAGUCGUUUUUCUUUUUC